AGAUUGGGAAAUGCAAUAAUAAGCAGGGAAGAAUCGAAAUCUACACUAACAACAACCGACGACGACGACGACGAGUGCCACAGCUCCAAAUCUUCUCGUCCCCUGGUUCACAUAUUCGUUGCAUUCUCUGAGGUCUGUGUUACCUGGUUGAUCGGCCAUGAGCUGCUGAAACCAUAAUCAGAGGACCAUGUAGGUUGAUAGAGAUGCUGAUAUGCAGAAUUUGAAUUAGGAAAAGAAAUCCCCCUUUCUCCUUAAAUAAGGUGGAGAACAGAUAAGCACGAAAAACAGAGAUGUUUUCGCUGUUUUAUGGACUUUGGAAAUAUCUGGUCAGUAAGACAGAGUUUCAUAUACUAAUUCUUGGAAUCGACAAGGCUGGAAAAACAACCUUAUUGGAGAAAUUGAAGGCACAAUAUUCAAGCUUAGAAGGCCUACCCCCUGACAGAAUUGUUCCUACUGUUGGACUCAAUAUUGGUCGUAUAGAAACUUCGAAUACAAAACUUGUGUUUUGGGACCUCGGAGGUCAGGCUGGUCUUCGCUCAAUUUGGGAGAAAUAUUAUGAAGAGGCACAUGCUGUUAUUUUUGUAGUUGAUUCUUCUUCUCCGUCACGUUUUGAAGAUUCCAAAUCUGCCCUCGAAAAGGUGCUUAGGCAUGAGGAUCUGCAAGGCGCCCCUCUUAUAAUACUAGCCAAUAAGCAGGAUCUUGCUGAUGCUGUAUCAACAGAAGAACUUGCUCGAUAUUUGGACCUCAAAAAAUUAGACGAACGAGUUUACACGUUUGAAGGUGUUUCAGGGUAUGAUGGGACCGGAUUAAAGGAAACUGUGAACUGGCUAGUAGACGUUAUGGAGAGAAGUAAGCGGACGGAAAUGUUGAGAGUUCGUGCAGGUGUUACAAACAGCAGUGGUGCUUAGAAGCGAUUAUACUCCCAAACAAGAGUCGACAAUCGACUUCUGAAUCUCAGAUGAGUUACUUUUUAGCUUCGAAAUUCAUGAAAGUUAUUUAUUUUCUGUAGAAAGAAUAACUAUGUUUACUAGCUGCUAUAUAAAAGAGUGCUAGAAUAGAGAUAUUUUGGAAAGAUAAAAAGACCUACCUGUUACUAGGUUUAAUAUCAAAACCAGACUCUUCAGACAGAAACGAAAUAGGGUGAUUUUUUUACAUCGAACCUUAUGGACGUUGUAUUUUUUUUUGGGUUACU